AUAUAAGCCGUCCCCCAUGCUGGCAGCCGGGGAACAUGGCGGCGCCGUGGUGGAGGCAGUGCCGGAGGUGGGGGACUAACUUCCCCUCCGGGAACGUGUUUGACAGUGUCUGGUGUUUCAGCGGCAGGCCAGCGUGCGCCUCCGCGUCCUCUCUGAGCCGCCGGACGUCCUCCUGGAGCUCCGCGCCGGGACCCGAGGGGAAGCCGCUGCUGGCUUUAGCGAGGCACCCAAAAACUCUCAACAUUAACUCAUUUCUAAUCAGACACAAGUCAAGGUUACUGUACCCAACACAACAAUGGUGCUGCUGCCGAAUGACGCACAGCGACGCGAAGCCGAAGGAUCCCUUCAUGUUAGCCCAGAGAGACCUAACAAGUCUUUAUGACGACAUCAAAAAGGAGUUGUUUGUAUCCAAAGAAGAACUCAAGAAUCUAUGCGACUACUACUUUGAUGGCAAGGGCAAAGCCAUCCGACCAAUGAUAGUCGUCCUGAUGGCCCGAGCCCUGAACAUCCACAGCAACAGAAGCGGAGACCUGCUCCCUGGUCAAAGGGUUGUGGCCAUGAUCUCCGAAAUGAUCCACACUGCCAGCCUCGUGCACGACGACGUCAUCGACGGGUCCGAUAAGAGAAGAGGAAAGAGGACGAUUAAUGAAGUGUGGGGUGAACGGAAGGCCAUCUUAGCAGGAGACUUCAUCCUGUCGGCGGCCACCAUCGCCCUGGCGCGCAUCGGGAACACCACUGUGGUCAAAGUGUUGUCCCAGGUGAUCGAGGACCUGGUGCGAGGUGAAUUCAUGCAGCUGGGCUCCAAGGAGAACGAGAACGAGCGCUUCAAACACUACCUCGAGAAAACCUUCAAGAAGACGGCCAGUCUUAUUGCCAACAGCUGUAAAGCAGUGUCCAUACUGGUCAACUCCGAUCCCGAAGUUCAUGAAAUCGCCUAUCAGUACGGGAGAAAUGUCGGAAUCGCUUUUCAGCUGGUGGACGAUGUUCUGGACUUCACAUCAGGAGCCAAUCAGCUGGGGAAACCCUCAGCCGCAGACCUGAAGCUGGGUUUGGCUACGGGCCCGGUGCUGUUCGCCUGUCAGCAGUUUCCUGAGCUCCACGCCAUGAUCAUGAGGCGCUUCAGCUCCAAAGGAGACGUGGAUCGAGCCUGGCAGUACGUCCUUCAGAGCGACGGCGUCCAGCAGACCAGCUUCCUGGCCCAGCGCUACUGCCAGGAGGCCAUCCGGCAGGUCAGCAGACUGCGGCCGUCGCCGGAGCGCGACGCCCUCAUCGCGCUCACCGAGAUGGUGCUCACCAGAGACAAGUGAAGCCCCGCCGGCGAGCUUCGCCUCAGGCAGCUACGUGUUGACGAAACGGCUCACCUCAGGCCCGAGUGGACCCAGGAGAGCGCCCCGGCGCCGCUCUCGCCACCUUAACGCUGGUUUACGAUGGGACGGCAGCACGUUGGUCUCUGUGGCUUUUUGCAUCCAACACCCAAAAAUGUACAUCAGUAAAGAUAUAUAAACAAACUUUAUGUAAAUUAAGUGCGGUUUGAAAAUGGAAUUCCUAUCUUGAAUUAUAUGAAAUGAAUAUAAAGCACUGAAAGGCCUCCGAGCCCUCCAUGUGUACAGUACUGUAACCACCGGGAGGCCUGACCCGGCCCAGCCGGCGCCACGUCGCAAACGGAAGCACUUCCAGAGCCGUCCACGCCACAAACGCCAAACAGUCACGUGUCUUUUCCGACUCUUGUCAAAUGUUGUGAGGUAACGACCGAGGCCUUAAACAUCUGCAAGGACUGUCUGCUCAAUAAACCACCGGAUUUUUCU